AUGUUUAUACCAACUUGGAUAUUAUCUCUAUUAUUGUAUUUAUAUGUUACAAGUGAAUUAUAUUAUAACGAAAUUCAUGGCUUUGAAAUAGGUAAAACAGAUUUUAAACCAGAGUUGAAAGCGAAUCAUGGUCCGAAUUUUACUCAAAUUACAUGUCGUAUAAAUCAUCCGAAACCAAAUGCAGAAGUCUACUUGACAUGUCCUGCCUUAGGAGAAAGUACAACACAUGAAAAUUGUUACCAAGGCUGUCAACCGACCAAUCCUUGCACUCACUCAACACAGUAUCAGUCUGGAUGUGUACCACAUGACCAAACAGUAUUUUGUCAGAAAAUUGAAUUUCCUAAUGGUACUGUUGUAUUGAAUUUGAACGUGGAUCGAACUGACAAACGACUGGCAGGUUUAUGGUCUUGUACACAUGCUGGUCUGGAAAGUACCAGGUUUGAGAUAGAAUUAAAAAGUUAUUCAAUUAUGAAUGAAAUUAAUCCACUUUCAAAACCUGUGGUAAAACAAGAGAAACAUGACUCAGGUACAAAGAUUUUACGAAACACACACUCUAAUCAAAAUAAUUUGGUCAACAAUCAAUCAACAUCUUAUAUGAGAAAACCGGAAGUAUUAUUUACUAUACUAUCGAUAUUGAUUUUAUCAAUUCUUAUCAAUUUGGGAUUCUGCAUUCGAUGUUUACUAUUUCGUUCCUAUAUUGACGCAUCACAAGAAGGAUCAAGUAAAACAAGUUGCCUAGCUGCUUGUCUUUGCUUACCUGAUGAAAUGAGGAAGGGUUCACUAAUUAUGACGACACCAAUUCUACCUCGAGCAACUAUAACGCCGCAUAUGAAUCAUGUUAGAAUAAAUGGCUCAGAUCAUGGAGUACUUAAUUCGUCAUACAGCUUAUCUGCUAUACAAAAAAUCCCUUUACUCUACAAUGGUACAUCAUAUAAAGAGAAUCCACCUGGAAAUUACAUUCCAACAAAUUCAUUACCAGGUACUUUCAGAAAGAAUGGAUUGCAAAACAUGAGAAACAAUAGCAUACCACAACAACAAUUUGGAGGAUUAACGCAACCUCAAACUUUAGAUAUGGAGAAUACCAAUCUAACAACAUUUCCUAUGAUUGAUGACACAAAUAAGUUUGUUAGUUUCACACCAACAUACAUUCGAGCUCCAUCACUUAAUACUCCUUCACCAAAUCUUAAUCGUGACGUGGUGAACAAUUAUGGAUACUCACCACAAACUCCGGUACGUCAUUUUGGGCAGGGUGAAAUUCACUCAUUUCCGCAGUAUUUAAUACGAAUGCAGCAUCCGCAUGUCAUAUACGACGAUGUUGCUGGAGGAACAUCAAGUAUUGUAGGGUCAUUGGGUCAUAGCCCAAGUGGUAGCAUUAUAGACACUACAAGUUUGCAAACUCAUUUAGCUCAACUUCAAAAUAUCAAUGUAGCGAGACAAAAUAAUAUAUUACAACCAACUAAUUCAAGUUUCUCUAAUCUCAUGAACCUAUCCCCGGACUCUAAUAUUCAGGGUCAUUAUAUAUCACUCCAACCCUCAAUAAGCCAUAAAUUAGCAGACGAUAAGACUGCAACUUCGGUUACUUCAUCAGUUCCAGUAUCAGUGUCUACACCAACUUCACCUAAUUACUCAGGUCAAACCCGGUCAGAUACAUCUGUUAUCCCAAGUGUUUCCUCGUCAACGACUGGAAGUUCAACUAAUUCGCAACAAACAGUAACAUUGACCCAAGCUGAAAAAUCAUUAAAUACUAAUAUAUCAAAUAUAAAUCCACCUUCGACAUCUUCCCCAUCAAUUAGUUGACUUGUGGCAAACACAACAAACAACUGAUUCUUACUCACUUGGAUUUAAUAAUAAC